AUGGCGCCCAACAUCCCAGACCACUACCUGUGGCUCGGUCUCGGCGUCUUCACCUACCUAGCCAUCCACCACACCGCCACCGCCCUCCGCGAAAUCAAAACCCUCACCACCAUCCACCGCCCGCUCUCCCACCCGCCCACCUCCAGCACCAGCACCGGCACCAGCACCGCAACGACACAAGCCGACGCCAUAUCCCCCACCUCCCUCUUCCUGCUCUCCACCAGCACGAACACAGAAAUCAGCACCUCAGCGACCAAGAUCCUGUGCGAGCGCUUCGCGGCCCACGACGGGGCGCGGCGCGCGCUGCUGCGCGACUUGGAGAGCAAGAGGCCGAGUGUGAAGAGAAGAGCGAGGAGGGCUGUGGGGCUUUUGAGGGGCUUUGGCGCUGCGUGUCCAGGGUUUGGGUAUCCAGGGAUUGGAUAUGGAUACGCAGGGUAUGGAGGGUUGGGGAGGGGCGUGUGGGAGGAUAUGGACAUGGAUUUUGACGGUGACGGUGACGGCGACGGUGACGGUGACGGUGACGGUGACGGUGAUGAUGAGAUGCUCGGUGGAGGUGUGUGGGCGAGCAGUGUGUUCCGCGAGCGCGGCGGCGAUGUGGAGGGCGAGGAGCGGGAUGUGCGGCGGCGGCGGAGAGAGGCGGUUGUGAUUCAUGAGGGCGAGGGGCGGAUUGGGGAGGGGGAUGUGUGGAUGCGCGAUCGCGAGGGCGUGAUGAGUUUGGAGGUCAAUGAGUUGGUGAUUGAUGGCGUGGCGUAUUGA